AUGUCUUAAUAGGAUGAAAAAUAGGAUGAAAUUGAAGAUAUCCAAAAAAAAAGGAUAUUAUUAAGUGAAGAACACAAAGGAUUUCAAGAAAUCGCAGAUUUAUUUAACAAAACAAUUAUUUAAGGUAAUCAAUCUAGAGUUUAAAGUCCAUUGUAGAAUUCUGAAAUCUAUUCUAAUCAUAUAAAAUAGUUUAAUGAUUCUAACUAAUCUAAUAUUGUAUAAAUUGACAAAAGAUUUCUGCUUCCUGAAGAUGCAAAUUAUAUAACUUAUCUAUCAGAAAACUCCAAAUUAUUAAAGGAAAAAUAUGUUUAACAUUGUUUGGAUAGUGUACAAUCUAUCUAAGAAUUUGUUUUAAAUCAAAGAUCAAGAAGAAAAAAUAAAUAUAGCAAUUUUGAAAAAAAAGAUGUAAUUGACCUACAUUAAGUUAACAAUCAAAUUAAUUAAUAAAAUAUUAAGCAAUGUCAAUAACUCAUUUCUGAAGUAAAUAGUAGUAAAAAACUUUCAAAUAGCAGCAAUCCUAAUAUUUAAAAACUAUAUGAGGAUCCUGAAUUAUAAGAAAAGUUUUCUAUAGUUUCAAAAAUAUUAGAAAUUUUAAAUGAAAAAAAAAAAAUAUAAUCAACAUCUCAAAAAAUUUCCAUUUUAGAGGAUGCCUUGAUUUUAUGUUUAGUAUAUUUGCAGUUAUCCAANCAGUCAACAUUAGAUAAUUCUUUGGAAAUGUAAUGGAAUGAAAAGAAUAGCUACUUUGGUUGGACAUACUAGUCGGUAAGAAUUCUAUUUAUUAAUUUACUAGUGUUCUCUAUUUAGCAAUGUCUCCUGA